ACCUGGAGCAGCGUCCGCCAGCGGAGGGUCGUACAAAGUACAAAAAGGCUGAGAAUACACGUCGCUUUUACGGUGAUUCUACGCGGAUUUAACUGUAAUCUAACGCAUUUGGAAGAUAAAACUGCUGGAAUAACCCACUCUUAGAGGAUCGACCUUUCUGGAAUAUCAACACAAGGAGUUCUCUGCCACCUCCGCGGAGUUUUCCGACAAGCUGCCACCGAGGUCCGUUAAAUUUCAGCCGCUGAAAACUUUCUGGUUUACUUCGCUAAAGACGUCCUGACCACAUCAGCCUCCUCCUCCUCCUCCUCCAGUCACACCACCAGGAGCUCCACCAGCCUCCACCCCCCCGGCUGACCCUGGAAUUAUCAGCUCCCGCAACCAGAGACUGAACGGAAGAAAAGUCUGAGCAGGAAAUUAAGCAGCGGAGCGGUUUUCAGAGGAUUCUUAACGUUUGGCUGUUUCCCGGCUGUCGGCUGAGCGGCAGGCAGAGGAGGCGGAGAGUCUCACCUGAGGCGGGUCCAUGUCUCCGGCGCUCAGCAUGAGGCUCUGAGGAGGCGGCGGGAUUUUAAAUAAAGCUGGUUCAAACACGAGGAGGAGGGAGCAUGGGGAAGGAGCAGGACCUGCUGCAGGCGGUGAAGAGUGGAGACCUGCUGUCCACUCAGAAGCUGCUGUCCAAACUGAAGACCAGCAGGAACAAGUUGCUCGGCUCCACCAAGAGACUGAACGUGAACUACCAGGACUCAGAUGGGUUUUCGGCCCUGCACCACGCUGCCCUCACAGGAACCACAGAGCUGCUGUCUGCACUGCUGGAGGCUCAGGCCACUGUGGACGUGAAGGACAGCAACGGCAUGCGUCCGCUGCAUUAUGCAGCCUGGCAGGGAAAAGCUGAAUCAGUCCUGAUGCUGCUUCGCUCUGGAGCCUCAGUCAACGGGGUUUCUCUGGACGGACACAUCCCGCUGCACCUGGCCGCCCAGUACGGACACUACGAAGUGUCGGAGAUGUUGCUGCAGCAUCAGUCCAACCCCUGCCUGGUCAACAAGGCCAAGAAGACUCCUCUGGACCUGGCCUGUGAGUUUGGAAGAGUCCAGGUGGCCCAGCUGUUGCUCAGCAGUAACAUGGUGGUGGCGCUGCUGGAAGGAGAAAGGAAGGAGCCCACAGACUCAGCCUUCACCACGCCGCUACACCUCGCCGCCCGCAACGGACACAAAGACGUCAUACGGCUGCUGCUGAAGGCCGGCAUCGACAUCAACAAGACCACCAAGUCUGGGACGGCUCUGCACGAAGCCUCUCUGUACGGGAAGACGGAGGUGGUCCGACUGCUGCUGGAUGCCGGAGUGGAUGUGAACAUCCGUAACACCUACAACCAGACGGCGCUGGACAUCGUCAACCAGUUCACCACGUCACACGCCAGCAGGGACAUCAAGCAGCUGCUCCGAGAUGCGACGGGUGUUUUGCAGGUCAGAGCUCUGAAGGAUUACUGGAACCUCCAUGAUCCAACUGCCCUCAACAUCCGAGCCGGAGACGUCAUCAUGGUGUUGGAGCAGCACGUGGACGGACGCUGGAAGGGCCACAUCCACGACACCCAGAGAGGGACGGACCGAGUCGGCUUCUUCCCUCCGUCCAUCGUGGAGGUCAUCAGCAGGAGAAACGGGGGCACCCUGUCCCGGCACGCCUCCCUGCCCACCCAACGCCAGCAGCUGCUGUCCAGAGCCCCCCUCUCCUCCAGCCUCAGCUCCGCCCCUCAGACCGACGACUCCUACACUCUGUACGCCCCCCCCACCCACGUGGUGCUGCCGCUAGCCAACGGCCUCACUGCCAGCACAGGUUUGUCUCCGAGCCGCCUGUCUCAGUCUGAGUUUCCCUUUGAGGACAUCUGGGUUCUCAGGGACUCGUGUCAUGCUGGAGACAGAAACAGUGUCGGAAGCACCGGCAGUGUUGGCAGCACCCGCAGUGCCGGGAGCGGCCAGAGCACCGAGAGCAACAACGCACCCAACGGACUCCAACACAACACCGGUCACCAUGACAACGCCAACAAGCCGGCGCCCCCUGCUGUUGAUUCUGGACGCUCAGACCUCAGCACACAGCCUAGUCAUCCUGCAGGUGGGACUCCUCGGAGGCAGACGGUGACGGUGCAGAGGCCUGCGGAGCAGAGUUUCUCCCACCAGUUUGUUCGUCCUCAGCAGCUGCUGGAGGGGAAGGAUGCAGAGGCCAUCUAUCAGUGGCUGAGUGAGUUCCAGCUGGAGCAGUAUACUGGGAACUUCAUCAGUGCUGGUUAUGAUGUUCCAACCAUCAGCAGGAUGACUCCUGAGGAUCUGACCGCCAUCGGAGUGACCAAACCAGGCCACCGCAAGAAAAUCUCCCUCGAGAUCAACAACCUGAACAUCCCUGAAUGGCUGCCAGAGUACAUCCCAUCUGAUCUGGGCGAGUGGCUCAGCGCCAUUGGCCUCCCACAGUACCACAAAAAACUCUCUGAAAAUGGCUACGACUCCAUCAGCAUCGUCAAAGACCUCACCUGGGAGGAUCUGCAGGAGAUCGGCAUCACCAAGCUGGGCCACCAGAAGAAGCUGAUGCUGGCCGUGAAGAAGCUGUGUGACAUCCAGAGGGCGAUCCUUCAGGCUGAAUCAGGCCAAGGCACGCUGCGUCGCAAAGCCCCCGGAGCCCUGCACCUGGUUGCCAUCGAACCACCUGACACUGCAGGUGAAUGCUCUUCUCCUCACACCCCAAAGAUGCUGACCUUCCAGGACAGCGAGCUGAGCACUGAGCUGCAGACGGCCAUGUCCAGUCACUACGGCGGCUGCGAGGAAGGCUUCGCCAUCAAGAACGCAGUGGGAAUGUCCCAGAGCCAGGAGAGCAUUGACACCCGGUCCAGAGGCUCCGGACGCUCCCAGGAGCCUCCCACAGCUUCCGUCACCCCCCACAGCUGGUCCCAGGAGAGCUUGGAGGGCAGCCCUGCCAAGGAGAGGAACCUCCCUGAGGGCUGGGACCAGAGGCCUCUGCAGCAGCAGGCGCUGCCCAAGCAGGUGCCUCUGGGCACGGCAACCGUAUUUAAGUACCCAGCAAUCCCAGCCAAGCCCAAGCUGCCUGGAUCUCAGGGUCCCUCACCUCAUGGCUCCCCAGCAUUGAAGGGUUUCAGCUACUUGCAUUCUCAUUGUGGCUCCACAGACCUGAGCUCAUCUCCCAGGCCUGAGAACCACACCAUGACCCUGACGCCGCCCAAGAAGCGCACCCAGAGCAUGACCCGCUAUGCUCUGUCAGAUGGGGAGCCUGAUGAGGAUGACGAGGAGGCAUCAUUUCCCUCUGGAAACCUGUCAUCCUAUGCCACCUUGACCCGCAAACCCGGCCGCAGCCAGUUGGCUCGAUUACAGUCGAGUCCAGAAAAGAAUGGCAACGUGGGACGCAGUCAGUCCUUUGCAGUUCGCGCCCGGAAAAAAGGUCCUCCUCCGCCUCCUCCAAAGAGACUGAGCUCAGUGAGCAGCACCACCAGCGGGGAGCUGAGCGACAGCAGCACAACGUCGUCUGCUGGCGGGGCGAUGACGGACAGUCCAGUGAGCGUGAGGAGCAUCGCAGCCUCCUUGGAAGGCAGGACAGAGGGGAAGAACCCUGCAGGGCUCAAACCAGACCACAUCCAGCAGGAGCCUCCUUCCCCCUCUCUCAGCUCUGCAGGGCAGGAACCCAGAGAGGCUGCUGGGGUGAGGAGGAGGGUGCAGAGCGAGUGUAUUCCCACCCAGACCAGCAGCAGUGCCGAACCAGAUCGAGUGGUGAAGUCUGAUUCUGAGGAAGAAGAAUCAAAAGGUAGCAGACUGGAGGGCUCCUCAUCCCCUCAGAACAGCUCCAGUGAGUGCAUCCCCUUCGCUGAGGAGGGCAACUUAACCAUCAAACAGAGACCUAAAGCUCCGGGGCCACCCAGGGCUGAGGCUGUGCUGGAGCCUCCAGAGAAACCAGCAGCCAAGAACCUGGAGGUGCCCGAGUUUAAUCUGAAGGAGUCAGACACGGUGAAGCGCAGACAUAAACCCAAAGACAAAGAGCAGGGAGGCGGUUCCCCCAACAGAGAGGAGGCAGGGGCAGCUGGGUCAGAGUCCAGCAGCAGCAGGCCUCCGUCCCAGAGCCAGGAGGAGGUCAGUCUGAGGAUCAGUGAGGCCAAUCUGGAGAGGCCAGCCAGCCCAGCAACAGGAUCUCCCAUUAAACCUCCACUCUCUCCAAAACCACCUGCUGUGGCCCCAAAACCAAUUCGCCACAGUCUGCUGGCAGCACAAGCAGCUGGACUCUCCUCUCCAUCUGUGACCGUCAGUGUGGUUCAAAGUGUGGCCUUCACCUGUCCGUCCUCUCCUGCUCAUGGGCCCCCAGCUCCACCUCCGGCCCCUCAGGCCCCUCAGAGUCCCUCUCUGACAGCAGCGAGACCUCAGGUGUGUGUGGUGGGUCCCGGUCUUGUCCCUGAGUCAUCCUGCGGGACUGAAGUGGUUCAGCAGAGACUAGAUCAGACCAGCACCUCUCUGGAAGCAGCUCUGAAGGCCGUUGAGAGAAAACUGAACCUGGAGGACAACUCAGACAGCGGAGCAAACACGGUGAAGUCUGCAGGGACCAUUCUGGACGACAUCGGCAACAUGUUUGACGACCUGGCUGACCAGCUGGACGCCAUGUUGGACUGAAGACUUUUCAGAAAGGCCCCUUAAGAGAAAAGUUCACCCCCAACCUCAGGAAGUGAACCGGAGGAGGGGUGAACGAGGGGAGAGGAGGCCCGGCGGAGACGUUUAGCCUCCCCGCUCUGAGCUACACGAUGGACUCGUUCACAGGAGCCAAAGUCAAACACUCGUCCUGCUUCUCAGCCUGAACACCAGCACUUAAUCUCCACUGUGCUUCCUGAACAGGGCCCCUCCCUCACAUGUCUGAGACUGUGCAUCGAUUCCCUUUUUUAACUUUUAACACUCGUGUCGUCGCGGACAGACCGGCGGCGUUUUAUCAGCAGAUUAUUAUGAUUCUUGUUCUUCACUAAUAAUGUAACAUGAAGUUUUAUGUGUUUGGAUUUACAGAGAGACGAAGUCCUGACCUCACUUCCUGUCCGGCGUCUGUUCCACCAGCUUCCGAAACCUGUUCCCGCCCUUAAAUCCAUGUUUCAGUGUAAACGAGCUUCUUCACAUCUGAACGUUUAAUCUGGUCGUCUGGGAAAAGUUUCCUCUUUACUGGAUGUUCGGAGUACAAACGGUGCUGCGUUCAGGUGCAGCAGUAAAAUACAGUAAACCUGAUCCUUCAAUCAAAACCAAAACACCACAGAGAGGUUCAGAGGGAGGAUUCAGGGUGGGGUUCAUCUUUAGUCUCAACAGUCAGCAGAACUGUAGGAAAACAUUGUUCAAAUCACAGAGAGGUGGGUGAUAUGGCCUGAAAAUAAGAUUUAUUUAUUUUGUUUGUCCCCAGCGUGGGAAAUCUGGGCAUUACAGCAGCAUGUGAAAGCAGCGGGAAGAAAAAUAACAGCAGAGACAAAAAACAAAAUACAAAAUAAAAAGUAGACUAUAUAUAAAUGUACAUAUUAUACAAGCAAAAUGACAUUUGACUAUAUGAAAGAAUAAAAUAUAUAAAAAAAGGUUAUUUAAUAUUAAAUUAAAUUAAAAGACUGAACUCUGUGUUUAAUCUCAGAAGUGACCACAAUUCAUUCUUUAUUCUUCAGAAACAGUAACAAUAAAAAACAAGGAUCAGAAAACAGCAAAGAAGCUUCAAAAUAAAACCAGAGAGACAGAAUCAGCCGUGACGCAGAGGACGCGUUUCAGCUGGCGGGACAGAAGCUGGACGCUUCAGCUCUCUGUUCAUCACGUCUGACCAUUUCAAACUUUACCUUUGUAAUAUUUAAAGAAAAUCUAUUUUAUACCCGGUGAUGCUAACGCGCGCAGCUCGUCUUCCGCUCGGGGUCGAGCGGCUCGUGUCGUCUGUUCGUGUUCAGUCGCUCGCUGCGUUCAGUGGAAGGCAGCAUGUGAUGAACAUGCUAUGUUUUCAUAUUCAUUUUAGCCAAAUUAGUAUUUAAAUUAGAGUUAUCUAAAUAUGUAUAUUGUUCACUAGAGGUCUAUACAGGAGCAGAUAUUCAACCAAAGUCUUUGUACAGAUUUCCCUCAGAUAUUUUCACAAACAUUUCCUCUUCCUGUUACUCUACGAUGUUGAUGAAAUGGAUCGAGCUUCCGCGUUUAGCGUGUCGAGAAAGAGGCCCUUAGCGCCGCCGCGUCCUGUGAUCGUGUGACUUCUGUGCGAAUGAGAUGAUGUGUGUCGCUUUGUUUCUUGACCUCUGAGUCUCAGGAAAAUCCCUCCUGACCGGAACGCCGUCGCCGCGACGUUCUGCCGCUCGCAGCUGAGGAGGACUGAAAACGCAGAAUCAACCGGAAAUCAAACAAAGAAAAGAUGUGCGAGACGCGUUCUUAUACGUUUGGAGAAGGAGUGUUUAGCUUGUUGUCUUUUUUACCUACAGCUCUGUGUGCAGAUGAAGUGUUUCCAUCAGAAUCCAGUCAGAACGACGGCAGCGGGCUAACAGAUAUGUAGCAUGUCAGAGUUGACCAGCAGGGGGCGGCGCGGACUUGUGAACGCAGAGUUUAGCUUUAGCUCUGGCGCAGCGGUUCUCUCCCAGCCAGAAGGUUCUGGGUGAGAGCAGAUAGGUGUGAACGUGUGUCUGUCUAUGUGUUAGCUUAGCAUCUCUGCUCGUUACUCCACAGCUCAGUCACAUCGACUUCUCGGCCCAAACCGCAGGAAGGAAGUCCAGACGUUAUUUUUACCUGUUAUCCAGCAGCUGUUUGCAUCCUGCAGGUAAUUUCAGGUGGUCUCACAGGUGUUUACUGUCUGUCCAGGUACAGAACAGAAGAGGACAGCGGUUACACUGCAGGACGCCGUUAGCGCUGCUGCUGAAACUCUGUUUCUGUUUCCCCUGAGGUUUGCCUGACAGGCGUGACUGAGCUGCAGAGUAACAUCACACAGGAUGUCCAGAUUCACAGGCGUGACAUCAGGGCCACAUGGAGGCUUCUGGACUCUCUGCAGACUUCUGGAGACCCACUUGAGGUGCAGACUCCAGCGGACUGCUCUGACACUCAGCUAACAGCCACGACAGCUUUCAUCAAAGUUCAGCUUGACGAGAGAUUUUCUGACUUUACUGAUCGCAGCCAUUUAAAAUGAAUCGAUCUGACUUCAUGUGGAACUCGUGACGUCGUGGUUACGAUGUCGAUGCUUCAAAGACUCCUCAUAGUUCUCGUCACUCUUCUCUUUUUUCAAUAUUAGAACAUUACGAAGACUAAAAUGCUGAUAUGUGAACUUACCGUCCGCCGAAACGUGAACUUCAUGUCUGAAAACGCCUCGAACACAUCACAGCUCAAACUUUAAGCAAAUUCCACUUGUGAGGUCGUGAACACGGUGAACACGGUGAACGCGACGCCGUUUGAGGCAGCAGUAGUCUGAGGAUCGAUCACUUCUUUUUAAUGAGGCAUUUUAAAUCUCCUGACGGCAGGUGACUCACCUGUAAUGAUGACGAGUCUCUGCAGCCGCCACAUUCCUCCAGGUUACUGUUUCCAAACCAAAACAGGAAGUCUGAUCAGAAGCAGCUACUGUGUGUGUGUGUGUGUGUGUGUGUGUGUGUGUGUGUGUGUGUUUUGUCUACUCUGUUGGUUUUUCCUGUUGUUUUGGUCGUUCUUUGUCUUUUCCGGCUGGUUUUGUUUAACCAUUAAAGAUCUACGAUGUUA